AUGGCCAAAGUUAGGCAAUGUGUAUCAUUGUUAGAAAGAGUGAUUUAUGACCUGUCACAGCUGCAAGAUCGUCGUUUCUUAACCUCAUAUGAUUUAGAAUCCUUCUUAACCAAUAUAGAGCUAGCUUACAGGGAGUUAGUUGCGAUAGAAUUACUUGAUGAGUUGUCUGCUGAGCAAAGAGAAGGAAUUGAUCUUGUACGUCAAUGUCUAUGUGUUAUUAGACAGAUUCAGCUUUCAACUCAGCUUUCUGAAGUUUCUUCAUCACCAACUGCUGUUGUGUGUUAUACUGGUGAAGUUGGUCGUCCACGAUAUGAAAUUCCAGAAGACACAUUAGAGAUGUUAAUAGAAAAUAGAUUCACUGUUCCUCAAAUUGCCAAUAUUAUGGGUGUUUCUAUCAGUACUGUGAGGAGAAGAUUGUCAGAUGCCCACAUACUUAUUAGAGAUUGCUAUUCUACUAUUUCUGAUUCUGAGUUGGAUCACAUUGUGGGGCAUAUACAGCAGCAAUAUCCUAUGUGUGGCAAUCGACAAAUGCAAGGUCAUUUGAUUUCCAGAGGCUACAGAAUCCAACAAACUCGCUUAAGAGAUUUUCAAAGACGAAUUGACCCUGUUGGAACAGCAUUGCACAGGCUAAAUGCCAUACAUCGUCGUCAGUACUCUGUUCCAAGCCCAUUGUCUCUUUAUCACAUUGAUGGACAUCACAAACUUAUCAGGUGGAAAAUUGUUGUUCAUGGUUGUGUGGAUGGAUUUAGUAGAAGGAUUAUAUAUCUAAAAGCUUCAAGCAACAACAAAUCUGAAACAGUACUUGACCAUUUCACAAAUGCUGUAACAUUACUGGGAUUGCCUAGUCGAGUUAGAGGUGAUAGAGGAGGUGAGAAUUUUGGGGUAGCUGAAUUUAUGGUACGACAAAGAGGCAGUGGUCGAGGUAGCUUUAUUGCAGGAAAAUCAGUUCAUAACCAGAGAAUUGAACGUUUGUGGCAUGAUGUCUUUCAGGGCUGCUUGAUCAUUUUUUAUAAAACUUUUUAUCAAAUGGAGGAUGAAAUGCUGCUAAACAUUGAGGAUGAUAUACACAUGUUUGCCUUUCAUUAUGUAUUUUUGAAAAGAAUAAAUCAUGCACUAACUCAGUUUAUGGAAGCUUGGAAUAACCAUCCACUUUCAAGCUGUCACAACAUGACGCCAAUUCAAUUGUGGAUACAGGGUCUUUCUAAUGGGCUGUUCAUUGAUCAAUAUGUAGUAAAUCAAGGUGAAUUGCCAUAUUUUGGAAUAGACUGGGAUGGUCCCUUAUCAGAUGAAGAUACUAACUAUGUGAAUGUUCCUGAUGUUGAUAAUCCCUUGACAGAUGAAGAUUACCUAGAGCUUCAAGAAACUAUUUCUCCCCUUGAUAACAGUAACAGUUUCGGGGUGGACAUAUUUUUGAAAGUUUUGCAAUUCGUUUGCCACAAACUUAAUUUAAUAUGAUUAAUGAUUGAAAAAUAUCUCAA